AUGGAAAGUUGCCUAAAGUUUAAAUCAGCUCCAAAAUUGGAAAGAAAAGAUGUGGAGAAAAAUAGAAGGAAUCAUAUGAAGAAUCUCUAUAUUCAACUUCAUUCCAUGCUUCCUACUCAUGCAUCUACUUCUAAGAAAACGACAAUGACAGUGCCAGAUCAAAUAGAUGCAGCAGUGAAUUACAUAGAAAGCUUGGCAAUGAAUUUAGAGAAGAGCAAGAAACACUUGGAAGAAUUGAAAUUGGGCCUAAAGAGAGCCCACUCACUCAAUGCAACUAAUGUGCCUGGCUCAAGCACAGAGUCAACCGCUAAGAUUGAAUUUCAUGAAAUGGGCCCAAACAUGGUCGUGGUAUUGAUAAGAGAUCCGCAGAGGAGGGCCUUGCUACUUCCGGCUAAAGAUUGA